UGAGUCUCUUUUCACCAAGUCUGUUUAUUAGCAGUCUUGCUUGAGUGGUGUGUUUUUUAAUUGUUAGACUGCUGAAAAGAAGAAGCAGCAGCUCUGUUAUUCUCUGACUCGACGUGAAAACACGGUUUGGGUGGCCGCUGUGUGAAAAUGAGGCUUUAUCGUGAAAGCGCGCUUGUUGUGUACCUCUGCUUGUGGAUACCUGUUGCUCAGUCGUAUGGAGCUCUUGCACCAGAAGAUCAAGAUGGAUCAGGAGAUGAUGAGGAAUUCUCUGGGUCAGGUUCAGGGUCAGGAGAUGGUAAUGGUAACUGGUUCUUUGAAACUGAAGUAACAACCCAAGCAAGUCCCACCGAAACAAAGAUGGUCUGGUUUACAGAUGCCCCCACUAACCUUCAGGAACAUCCAGCUACCCAGUUUGUUAACCCUGACACGGAGUCUGAAACAUCUGGCCACAUCACUGAAGCUCCUUUGUCCUACACUACCCAAAUCACUGAGACUGUACCAUCUCUAGUCAUCAAAUCUGUUGGCUCAGAGGAAGAUCAGAAAGGUGAGGCCACAACAACUGGCGACGUGGCACAGCCAGAGACCACUGUACCUCCAGAAACCACUGUACCUCCAGAUGAGGAACUGCCAGUGGUGCCUGUGCAUGAGGAAGAAUACACAACCAUAGCCCAUGAUGAGAGGGUCACAGAAUCAUCGGUCAUAGACCAAGAGGAAGCUGAAGCUACAGUUCUUGUUAAAACAGUGACUGUACCUUCUGAAGCCUCUGAUAUGGAGACCACAACGCUGCUUCUGAGUACAUCAGUAGCUAGUAAUUUAGCUGAUGCUGAAGCCUCGGGUGGUGAUGUUGAAUCCACUACUAUUGUUAAAGCCAUUGAAGAGGAUUCUAUUGAACCAAAUAUCAUUUCAGUGGUGGAUAAACCCAACUUUGUGGAAAAGCCCAAAACUAUGGACGUUGGGAACGACGACAACCUGGAUUUAGCAGACCAAUCUGGGUCUCGGACUGGUUUAGUUUCUAACAGCAAUAGCUUGCUGGAAAGGAAAGAGGUCCUGGCAGGUGUCAUUGCAGGUGGCGUGGUGGGCUUGGCAUUUGCGGUCAUGCUUGUUGCCCUCAUGGUCUACCGCAUGAAGAAGAAGGAUGAGGGUAGUUAUUCACUAGAUGAGCACAAACACCCCAAUGGAGGCUACCAGAAACCACAGAAGCAGGAAGAGUUCUUGGCAUAAAGACUCUUAACCAUACUGUAUCUGUAUUCUAUGCUUGACUGCCACUGAAAACUUCCCAACUCACCAGAUUCUACAUGCUUGGUGACUUCCCCCACCAUGGGAUUUGCAAGACUUUGGAUGUGUGCCUGAAGUAAUUGAUUUUUUUUUUUUUUAAUAUUCAGGAAAGGUUUGCUUGUGUUUUUGUGGUGUGGUUUUUUUUUUUUUUUUUUUUUUCCUUCUUCCCCCUCCUCCUUUAUUAUGGAUUCUCACACUGUGGAUUAAGACUGUGUGUCCUCACGAGCCUUAGUUAUGAAUGAGGGACUGGGGAUCUGGGUUUUUUUUCCCCGUGCGUGCAUGUAGGUUCUGCCUCCAGCAAAUCUGAACUGGUUUCUCAUUUCCAUCGUGCCUUAUUUCCUGUUCCACCAAACUGAAACGCAUACUGCGUGCAGUAGCAAAAGAGCUUGCCUCCUCCAACUGUUUGUUGCCUUGGUAACAGAGAGUUGCCAUAGGGACAGAAAACAUGGAUUGCACUUAUGACACGCAAACAUUACAGUCCUGAAUUACGAUCACGGUUUGCUUGGAACCGAUUGUGUUCCUGCUUGGCCUGGGCUCGCUUACUUUCAUUUGUUGAAAUUAUUUUUUUUAUCACUCAUGCGUGAAAGGAAAGCUGCUUUGCUUAACGCAAUGGGAUUUCCUUGUUUUGUACUUGGUCUGAAUAUGGUGUGUCGGAACAAGCAAUGCAGAAUUGGUAUUGGGAAAUUGUAUGAAUAAUUGCUCACCAGACAUGACCCAUGACUGCCCUCUUACACAAUAUUGCUGUAUUCCCUAGAAAGUGAAAUGAGGUUUUUUUUGAUAUUUUGUAGUCCCUGAAUUCUCAAACUGUGUGAAAGGUUUUGAAAAUGACAAGUGCAGCGGGUGGGGGUUUUUGGUUACGCCAGCUGUUUGUACAUACGCUAGUGGACCAAAUCUACAGUUUAAAAACUUUUACUGAGGUAGAAGAUGGCUAAUGUAUAUUACCAGGUCAUUUGAGACCUAUUUGUAAAAGUGUACAUGUUUCUGUUUUUAGUUAUCACUUGUAUUAAAGAACUGUUUGGCUGCAAUGAGCUUGUGGAAACCAUGUUUGCCCCAAUUCUGCCUAAACAAAAUGUUGUGAAAAUGUUCUAAUGGAUCCCUAAAAAAGACCAAGUUGAGUGUGUUUAAUUUUCUUACUGAUGUCAUUAAAUAAGAAUUUUUAUUAAAGCUAUUCUUUUGUGUAAAUGAUGAUGAUGAUGAUGAUGAUGAUGAUCUGACAUUCCAUGGCUGCUUAUAAUGGCCGAGCAGAGUAACGACGUAUUGCUACUAGUGUCCUAGUCUCUGGGUAUUACUGAACCUGCACGUGCCAUGUGAUGUUUUCAACGGUUUCUUUGAGUUGAUGUUGGUAUUUUUACAAAUGGACAAAUGUUUUGACUCUUUGGGUACCAAAGUUAAUCCAGGCUUCGGGUUCACUCAACUAUUUGUCCAUAAUAGAAUUUUUGAAAGAGGAACUGGCUAAAGCGUGUGUGGAAUUACACUCGCAGCAGAGUAAACGGUUUGUACCGAUACAGAAUGGCUGACUGCACCUCAGAGGGAGCUGCCUUUGUUUUUUUGUUUUUGUUGCUGUGCAAAAGAAAAUUAGACCUUAUGUCAUAGCUUGUACAAAUCUCUCUAUUUAUUAUGCACAGUUGUUUUCUAUGUUUAAUAAAAGGGAGUCCAUUUUCA